AUGGCUUCCGACACUUCAUCAGAGCCCCGGGCUGCCACCCGCGAGGAGAUGCGCGAUGCCAAGCUCCCACUUGCCUACCGAGACAGCUGCGCCCAUCUUCUGAUCCCCCUCAACAAGUGCCGUCGCGAGACCUGGUACGCUCCUUGGAAGUGCACCGACGAGCGUCACAGCUACGAGAAGUGCCAAUACGUCGAAUUCAAGAAGCGAGUGGCCAAGAUGGACGAGCUACGAGAGGCCAAGGGUGGAGCCAGGAGCAACUGA